UCGAAUCUUUUUCGUAACCUAUCAAGCCAAUCGAGCUCGGAUCUUUCCCUAAUAGAAAUUUUCCCUUCUAACCACCCUCUUUUUUCCGAUCUAUUCAGAGCAUUCCGUCGGUUUCAAACUUGGAUUAAAAUCCCUAGUUAGUACUCAAGAGGGAGAGCGAGAGAGAUGGCGAUGCAGCAAUUGAGUUCCUGCUUAAUAACCUCAUAGAGCAAGUGCUUUACAUCUUGGAGAGCUAAUCACGGAGACGAGCCAGAUCGAGGGCCACUUGGAGCUAAUCACGGAGAUGAGCCAGAUCGAGGACGCGAUGAAGUCUGUCCCCGAAUUCAAAGCCUUUCUCAAGGACUCGGAUUACACGAAGGCUCGCGACGUCGUUAUCCAUCAUCAGAGCACUCGCGAUGUUGUUUAUGAGGUGGAAGAUGUGGUCGACCUUGUAAACAAGGCGAAGGAGAAAAAGGGCAGCAGCACCAACCCUCUUCCUGCAACUACUACUUCUCUUCUUGUAAAUCAAGAAUUUAUGAGAUCACUCGCCCACCAGGUCGUUCACGUGAAAUCGCUUCUCGAGAGCUUCCCAUAUACACACAACGGUUUGAAACGCCAAAUUUAUACAUCAGAAGAUGUUAUCGAAUGUAUUCUAUCUCUAAAAAACCCGCUCGGAGUGUCCAGUUUUAAGUGGGAGCACCAGUUGAAAAUAGCAGAGAAAUUAAAGUUGACUGCUGGAGCUGUAGACUGCAUCAAGAGUAACCAUCCAGUCAACUGCGUACACCAACUGAGUGAUUCUUCAACUACUGUUGGUUCAUCAUCAAGACGUGAACUCACAAGCAAAUAUGACGUGGUUGGUAUUCAACAAGAUCUGUCCAAAAUAAAGAGACUGCUUACUCGUCCUCCAUACAAUCUACAAGUCCUCCCAAUUGUCGGAAUGGGAGGGAUUGGUAAAACUACACUUGUUAAACUUGUUUAUAGUGAUAAAUUGAUUAUGGAGCAUUUUGAAAUUCGAGGUUGGCUGACAAUAUCACAAGAUUACAGUGUAACUAAUAUUGUUUCAAAUCUGCUUGCUUCGAUGAAAGGAAUACAAGCAGGGAGAGGUGUACAGAGCAAGAUCUCUGGGGAGGAGGAAAUUCACAGUUGCUUAAGAUAUAGAAGGUAUCUUAUUGUAGUGGACGACGUGUGGAGUAAGAAAGCUUGGGAUGAUAUGAAAGAGCUAUUUCCUGAUGACUAUAAUGGAAGUAAGAUCAUUCUGACCACAAGGCUACAAGAUGUGGCUGCAUAUGCUGACCAUUCUAAUUCCUUUCAUAUGAUGCGUCCCUUGAGUCCAAAAGCUAGUUGGGAAUUGCUAAAAAAAAGGGUGUUUGGUGGAAGCUGUCCUCACAUAUUGAAAAGUGUUGGAAGAGAAAUUGCAGCACAAUGUAGAGGAUUGCCUCUAUAUGUCGUAGUGGUGGCAGGACUUCUAUCUAAGGUUGAUCAAACUGUUGAUGCUUGGAGGCAAAUAGCGGAGGGGAAUGAUGGGCAACUUGACACCAAAAUUUCCUUGAGUUACAUCCACUUGCCUCAUCAUGUAAAGUCAUGUUUCUUAUAUAUGGGAGGUUUCCCUGAAGAUCACCAGAUCCGUGUCUCAGAACUGAUCAAGCUUUGGGCAGCUGAAGGCUUUUUACAUCCAAAUGGAUCUAAAUGCUUAGAAGAUGAAGCAGAAGAUUGUUUGGAGGAUCUUGUCGAUAGAGGUCUGGUUUUGGUCACUAGCAUAAAGCCCGAUUGCAAAACCAGAAGUUGCAGCCUCCAUGAUAUCAUGCGGGAUUUUUGCAUAAGACAGAGCCGACGAGAAAACUUACUUCUUCCUGUUCUGGAUUACUUACCAAGUCCUAUUCUUAGAAGGCAUUUUCUUCCACUGGUCAUGACGAAUUAUAAGCGCAUAAGUGUUAGUUGGUAUGAUCUAGAUCUCAAGGACUCUAUGCAUACCUCAUGCACACAUUCUAUUAUAUGCAUCCCAUGUAAAGGGUAUAGACCUAAAGGCUCUUUAGAGAAUUUUAGUUUGCUUAAGGUUCUUCAUGUUCUACGUAGAAAUGAUUACUGGGAUUGGGAGCCGAGUCAAGUGUUUGAUCUGAUUCAUCUAACUUACCUUGCUGUCAACAUUCCCUCUAGUAUAGUUCCUCCAACCAUAUCACAGCUUCAUAAUCUUCAGACUUUGAUUAUUUAUAGAUCUGAGGUUCGUUUACCAGUGGAGAUUUGGAGGCUGAGCCAAUUGAGACAUCUUAUUGCCUUUUCAUUUCAUCCUUUACCCCACCCUGAAGUAGAAGCUAUUCCUCUAGCAAACUUACAAACAUUUUCGCUGGCAAUGAACUUUGUAUGUGUUGAAAUGAUUCCAAACAUUCGAAAGUUGGGAAUAUGCUACUCUGAAGAGAAGUUUGGUGAAGGCUAUCAUCUUAGGCUUCUUAGCAAUCUGUUCAGCAACCUGUUUCGACUUGAGAAACUGAAAUUGGAGAGACAUAGUUCAUUUUGCGGGAGUCUGAAUCUUGCCUUUCAGUUUCCUCUUUCACUGAAGAAGUUAACACUAAGUGGCUGGAAGUUUCCUUGGAGUCAUAUGAAGAUUGUUGGUUCGUUGCCUAAUCUUCAAGAGUUGAAACUAAGGAAGUAUGCUUGCAACGGGAAAUGGUGGGAAACUUCUAAGAGAGAUUUUGUUAAUUUGAGGCUUUUGCUUAUUGAUGAAUCAAAUUUGCAGCAUUGGAUAGCUAAAAGUCGCCACUUCCCACAGCUCAAGUGCCUAAUGCUUCUUCGUUGUCCAGAUUUACCUGAGAUUCCAAUUGCUCUUGGACACAUUCCAACGCUUGAACUGAUCGAGGUCGAUGAUUGUAACAAAUCUCUUUUCAAGUCAGCCAGAAAGAUUCGAAGGAUACACCGAUUGAAUUUUGGUGAUGGCCUUCAUGUUCGUACGAUGCGUUCUUGAUAUACUCUUUCAAAUUCGACUCUGUACUUCAUAUCAGGUGAGGAAUUUAUAAAAGUUGAAUAAUUUGAUAUCUUCUAUUUGGAUAGCAGCCGUAAUUUUUAUAUAAGUAAUAUCAGUAGCAUGAAAUGCACACACUUGGUCAUUAGCUAUAAUCAUCUUUGGAAACAUUUGUUCGUUGGUAGCAUGCCUGUUUUGUUGGUCUUCUCCUAUCUUUAUUCUUUUUUUGUCAGAUGCAGAGUGUUGAUGAGCUAGCUAAUUACCAUAUAUUUGACUGAUAAGAAAGGCAAAGAGAAUGGUAGAGAUCUAGCUAUUUCCAAAUUAUUGAUCAGAGAUUUAGUCAUUUGGUUUUCGGGUUUGACAGGUUGGUUUGUAAGUUGUGUCAACUCUUUCGUUUCUCUUUUCUUGUUAGGUCACAUGGGACAGAUUUGUAGGUUCUAUUUGUGAUUGUAAGGCAUGUGCUGAAGGCGACGACUAACUCUUUGCUAUUGGGUUUUUCACGAGUUAUAACUACUUUGAUGAUUGACUAUAUAUCUGAGAGGUAGAAGAGGGUUGAAUGAAGUAUCUUUCAGAAUCAAAUUUUAAAU